AUGCAAUUCAUUGGUCUUAGAUUUGGAAGCCCGUUCUGGGAUGAAGAGGGCCGAACCAUCUCCUGGGCAGGAGCAUUUGCGGACCCUGGCACCAAUCUCAGCAGUGUUACCGUCGAGCCACUCGGAUUCGCUGUGAAAUUUGACUUGACCGGACCAAUCUCGGAUACCUGGAAAGCUGUCGGUUGGUACUCGUAUGGCAAAUUUUAUGCCAGCACAGAAGAGUUCCGUGCCGCAAUUAACGCUCCCGACUAUGAGACGCCACCACCAAACGUACUGGGAAACUGGACGUCUACCGACAGGCAGGGAACGCCCAUGCCUUUGGACAACCUACCGCCGCCGGCUUCUGUCGCUGAGGGCGACCAGCGAUUCAAGAUCGAUACGGAAGAGGGAUAUAUAUCCUGGAUGGACUUCACCCUCUAUCAUGCCGUCUCUCAGGACCUUGGCCUGUCGUUGUUUGACAUCAAAUACAAAGGCAGACGCAUCAUUUACGAGUUGUCCUUGCAGGAGGCUCUGACAUCAUACUCCGGCUCCGACCCUUUCCAAUCACAAGCGACCUUCUUCGAUACCACGAGUGGUAUGGGAUCGACCUUGCAGCCUCUUGUCAGAGGCUAUGACUGCCCUAGUCAUGCUACAUACCUACCUGCAACAUGGACAGAAGGCGACACGGUCAAGACACAAGCCGACGCUAUAUGUUUGUUCGAAUUUGACGCGGGCUACCCAAUCCGUCGCCAUUCCUUUUCACCAUCCGCGCCACACACUAGCGUAGCAAAGAACAUCCAGUUUGUCAUGCGCACGGUAGCCACAGUGGGCAACUACGACUUCCUCAUCGACUACAGCUUCUUCUACGAUGGCGGUAUCGAGGUUUCUUCACGCUUUUCUGGAUACAUUGCCGCUGCUUACUGGGAGGAUCAGCCUGAGUACGGCUUCCAUAUACACGACUUCCUUUCGGGUAGCUCGCACGACCACACCCUCACUUUCAAGGUCGAUCUUGACAUCAACGGCAGGAAGAACAGUGUACAAAAACUACAGUUUGUGCCGACUUCGACAGCGUAUCCUUGGAGCCAGGGUCGCGUAUACAAUACAUUCAAGGCUGAGCGAUCUUGGGUAGCCGACGAGAGCGAGUCCAUGAUCAAUUGGGCCGAGAACGAUAACGUGUUGUACGCCAUUGUCAAUAGGGACACACCGAACCCGUAUGGCGAGUACCCAGGUUACAGAAUCAAAAGAUCUGCCGGCACCAUCCACCUUACACAAACAAACUCGACAAACACUGGCAAGACAGGUGCCUUUGUGACUCACGACUUCUAUGUCACACAGCAAAAGGACACUGAGCCAAGGGCUGCGGAUACCAAUAACCAGUUCUCCAAGGACGAUCCGCUUGUCAAUUUUGAGACUUUCUUUGACGACGAGAGUCUGGAUCAAGAAGAUUUGUUCGUAAACCCACCUCCUUUCUCCAUCUAUUGUUGA